AUGCACGAUCUCGAGGUACUCCAGAGUGGAGGCUACAAGGACGCAGCAUUAACGAAGCUCAAGCUGACAUGUCCCUUGCCAACAUUUCCCACCGAGAUAUUCGAAUUGGGGUCAGCCCUUGAGCAGCUCGAUCUCUCAGGCACGGGGCUUUCCUCGUUGCCCGCGGAAUUCGGCCGCAGCCUACCCAAUCUGAAAAUUGCCUUCUUUUCCCAAUGUGCCUUUUCUACAUUCCCUCCGGCCCUGGCGUCAUGUCCACAGCUCGAGAUGGUUGCCUUCCGGGGCAACAGCAUGACUUCGAUACCCGAGGAUGCCCUCCCUCCCCGGCUGAGGUGGUUGAUCCUGACAGACAACAAGCUCUCGUCACUCCCGAGAAGCAUAGGCAAGUGUGACAGGCUGCAAAAGUGCAUGCUUGCAGGCAACCGCCUGCAGACACUACCUGACGAGCUGCAACAUUGCAGGAAGCUCGGUCUGCUACGCCUAAGUUCCAACAACAUACGGACCCUCCCAGACUGGCUAUUCAGCAUGCCUGAGCUGGCCUUUCUCAGCUUUGCUGGCAACCCCUGUUCCGCGUCUGAGGACAUCGCCCUCUCCGACGACAACCAGCUAGGACUCGCGCACGUGAGCUGGUCGGAAUUGGAGGUCCAGCACACACUGGGUGAAGGAGCGUCUGGCAUCAUCUCGAAAGGGCUAUGGCGCAUCGAUCCAAGCACCACAGAGGAGGUAGCCAUCAAACUCUUCAGGGGCGCGCUUACCAGCGAUGGCACGCCCGAGGAUGAGAUGGCAGCGUACAUGGCGGCUGGGCAGCACCAGAACAUCAUCGACGUCCUCGGGCGGAUCCACGGUCAUCCAGACGAGGCGAACGGCGCCUUCAAAGGUGGCCUGGUGAUGCAGCUUAUUCCCCCUUACUAUCAGACCCUGGGUCAGCCUCCAUCGCUUCUGACGUGCACGAGGGACACCUACCCUUCGAACUUGACAGUAUCACUAGACAAUGCUCUGAGAAUCCUGCAGGACAUCGCUGCCGCUGCCGCUCACUUGCAUUACAAGAAAAUCUCACAUGGGGACCUGUAUGCGCACAACAUCCUCACCAGCGAGGACGGCCACGCCCUCCUGGGUGACUUCGGUGCGGCAACAGUCCAUGGCGGCAAGGUCCCGCCCGUCGUGGAGAAGCUGGAGGUCCUGGCCUUCGCCCACCUCGUCGAGGACCUGCUGGGUCUCGUCACUGUCGCCACAGACGAGCAGCGCGCGGUGGUAGCGAGGCUGCAGCAUCUGCAUCAACGGUGCUCCGCAGAGACUGUGCCUGCUCGACCUUCGUUCAAACAGCUGCUUGUCGAGAUACCACGGAUUCAUGGGGGCAAAGCCUCACCUAGGCUCCCUAACUGA